AUGGGAAGGGCUGCCCAGAAAACCCUCCUCUCUUUACUCUGUCUAGCAGCAGCGGUUUGUCAGGCUCAGGACACCUGCCCAGAGGUGAGGAUAGUGGGACUCAGCGGUUCUGAUAAACUCACCGUUCUCCAAGGCUGUCCUGGGUUCCCCGGUGCCCCAGGAGUCAAAGGAGACCCAGGAGCUGCAGGAAUGAGAGGGGAACAGGGACCUCCGGGGACCCCUGGAAAGGCGGGACAAACUGGCCCAAAAGGAGAAAGAGGUCCUGCUGGUGCCCCUGGAGUGAAAGGAGAUAAAGGAGCAUCGGGAACCCUUGGAACAGUUGGAGAGGAAGAGCUGGACGAUAUACAGUGUCAGAAAGGAGCAAAGAACUGCAAGGAGCUGCUAGCCAGAGGGAACAUCAUGAGCGGCUGGUACACCAUCUACCCCCUUGACUGUAACGCCAGGACCGUGCUGUGUGACAUGGACACAGAUGGUGGAGGAUGGAUUGUGUUCCAGAGACGGGUGGAUGGUUCCGUGGAUUUUUUCCGUGACUGGAAUUCGUACAAGAGAGGUUUUGGCAGCCAGCUAUCAGAAUUCUGGCUGGGGAAUGACAAUAUCCAUCUGCUAACAUCCCUUGGAACCAAUGAGCUUCGUGUUGAUCUCAGAGAUUUUGACAACAAGUAUCAAUUUGCUACCUUCGGCUCAUUCAAAAUUGCAGGGGAGACUGAGAAAUACAAGUUGAUCCUUGGAGCCUUUGUUAAUGGCACUGCAGGGGAUUCAUUGACCAUCCACAACCACAUGCCGUUUACAACCCAAGACUGUGACAAUGACCAGUAUUCAGGUAACUGUGCAACAUCCUUUAAAGGAGCCUGGUGGUACAAGGCAUGUCAUUGGUCCAACCUGAAUGGAUUAUACUUGAGAGGAGCCCAUGAAAGCUAUGCUGAUGGGGUGAACUGGAAGACCGGCAAAGGGCACAAGUACUCCUACAAGGUGUCAGAAAUGAAAUUUAGGCCCAUGUAG